AGUAUGAAUGAGCAUUUCAUUAAAAGUGAACACGCGUAUCAAGAAUAUAUUUAUCAUCGUGAAUUGCAAAGAAUCCGAAAACCUAAUAGCAUAAACAGCAAUAAUAUGUUGCUCAAUACCAUUGCUGUCACCAGCAGUGAUCAGCCAAAUACAUCACAACAACCACUUGUGCUCAACACAUCUACCGUGAACAAAGAGCAUUUGGAGGAUUGUUUAACUAUUUCGAAGGAGAUCGAACAGCGAGAGGAGUUGCAAAAAGCGUAUCGCCGCCACAGCCACCCGACGCCAUUGGAGGCCACAAUGAUACAGCAGCAAAUCUUCGAGUGCUCCGUUGAAGAUGAUAGCUAUUUACUCGCGCUCGAAUAUCAGAAUUCAAAUAAGCCAGUACAAGUAACUGAUCUAGAUGCCGUUUCACAGACCAUGGACGUUUGCUUGAAAUACUUCGAUGAGGAUGUUAAUGUAUCGUCCGGUGGAUCAUGUUGUGUAACACCAACAACCAGAUUACCUGUCACCGGCUCUGUUGCCGCAGCAGUCGCCAAUUAUCAAGGAUAUAUGAAAUAUAUAGGUUCACCGCCGCCACCGUACGAAGAGUGUGUAUCGCCCAAAUCGCGUAGUGAACCCGAACCGCAUUCUAAUAACAUACGAGAGUUGCUUAAGAAAUACGAACAAAAUAUUGGGAAAGAAAACUCGCCGAAAACACAAGAGAAGCAGCCAAAACUCCAAGAACGUGCAUCAAAAUCACAAAAACCUACGAAAUUAGUAGAGGAGGGGGUUGAUCCUCAAAAGGACGCUGUAGAAGAACAAGAAAAUUCGUUGAAGCCCCAAGAGGCCGUGAAAAUGGAAGAGCAGAAAAAGGAGGCUGAUGACCCACCGAACAUACGAAACAAAUCUCUUAGCCCCCAAGAUGAUAUUUUAAGACGAGACGAAGAGCCGUCAAGGAAAUCAUUUAAUCCACAAGGGGAAGAAAAAAAGACGUCAAAGUCUCUAAACAAAUCGCCAAGCAACCAACAGCAUCAAAUGAAGCUCCAAGAGGAGGUUUCGAAGGUAUGUAAACCCCAAGUAGUAGAAGAAAAGACAUCAAAGUCCCAAAGAUUAUAUCCAAAUCUCAAAGAGAUGAUGCUAGAGCAUUCUGAGUUACAUCCAAAGCUUCAAGAGGCAUCGCCAAAGCUUACAGAAAAAUCACCAAAGCAGGCAAGAAAUGGAAAGGACGUGCUACGAUAUGCCCCGCCAGUCAUACUAGCAGCUGAGCCAACGAAAUCGCCAAAACUUUCACGCAAAUCGAAAGUCAAACAAAUGGCACAUAUGUUUAAUAACAGAAUUCAUCAACUGAUGGGACGGAAUUCGAACGAAAAAAAGACGAGUAACAAAUCAGAUGAGAAAAAAUCAUCGAAGCUAAAAACGGAUAGCAAACCAACAGCGGCACCAAAAGGAAAGACUCGCUUACCUACCUUUCGUACUGGUUUGCCCAGUCCAGUUCCGAGUCCACGUUUCAGGCGCAAGACUACGCCAGCUACAACAACAAAGGCAACACCAUCACCUUUCGCACAAAACGAGAACGCGUGUCUCGUUGCAGAGGAUGUGUUCCGUAAGCUUUCUGUCAAGGACAAGGCGCUCUUGUAUAAUAAAUUCAUUGAAGACAUGUCUAAGCAGCAUCCACAAUUUAGCAUCCACGCACGUGUUGUGGAGGCUACAGUGCGGAACGAGUUGGAACGCAGUGGGCAUGAAGUGACAUCACCGAAAGUUAAAGACAUGGCACGAGAACUGGAGUACAAACUGCAAGCAACCAAGCCGAAAAUGUCGAAAUGGGCUGUCAAGCGUCUGGCAUUCUUGCAAAAGACUCCAGAAUAUGAUGCAGCCAGAACACGCGUUGUGUCUACUCUGCCGGGUGAUAACCCUGCAGAUGAAAGUCCAAUAAAAGCGAAAGUAGAUCUCGUACAAUACAUAGAUGAUGAAGAAUAUGAGGAAAUCGAUUUAGAUGACGUAGAGGACGUAGAGAUCAGCACACUGACAGUUGUUUUGAAGCCCACGGGCGUUCGCCGAGAGGAGCCACGCCCACUUCCGCGCAAGCAACGUGAGCAAAAGUUCAUCAAUGAUAUGCGCAUGAUCGAACUAACGCAGAAACGUUACAAUGACUCCAUGCGCAAGUCGGUUUCCUUCGAUACAAGUUUGCCACCAAAGAAGAUACGACGCACCAGAAUUGAACGCUUGCAACCCAAGGCUAUCUUUCAAGAUCGAUACAUGGAACGUAUGUUCUACAACUGGAUAAUGGAGAAGAACGGUGUGACCUUCAACAUCACUUCGGUAGAGAAUAGCGAGGACUCUUUGUCGUCUAACGUUACAAAUGAAGUGAACACCUCAAAAAGCUCAACGAAAUCAAAAUCAAAAAUGCAUGCUUUACUGCAUAAAGCAGUAGCGAAGUUAGAAAGCGUUGAGGCUCGUGUAAUGCGACGUGAGAGUCAUCGUCUAAAGAGAAUGGAAAAGGAUAUGAAAAUAAUUAAGGAGAUAAGGGAAGAUCAUGCAGCUGAUAAAAGUGUAAUUGAAGUUGAGCUGAUGAAUAGCAAGACAGGCACAUCGAGUGACGAGUUGCUGGACGAACAAAACCGGUGUCCACAAAGAAAAAUUAAACGUCAGGCGCCGCAACCUCCAGCAGCUGAAGCUAAAGUUUCUCUAACUGAGGAAGCUGGGCAGGGGGUUUCACAAAGAAAAGUGAAGCGCCAGGCGCCGCAGCCGCCAGCUGCGGAAACGGCAGCUGCUGUAAAUAAUGUCAUAGAAGCAACCGAACAGGAGGUGGAGCAGAAGGUUUCACAAAGGAAAGUGAAACCUCAGGCACCACAGCCUCCCGCAGAAUUUAAUAAGAACGAGAUAUCAGCUAUGGAGGAGAUACAAGACACAAAAACCCAACAGAAGGAGAUUUUGUCUAAGCCAUCGACAGCCACAAAUCCCACGGAAAUACUCAUCGAUGAUGGGGUACAAGAAAUUUCACAAAGGAAGGUGCAACACCAGGUACCACAGCCACCAACAGCAAUGGGUCAAAGCGAGCCAGCAACUCAGGAGGAACUGCAUGACUCUAAGGCUCAAAGCGAAGAGAAGAAGGUUCUACAAAAAAAGGUUAAACGUCAGGCACCACAGCCGCCAACAGCCACCGUAAAUCUCAACGAAACAUCAAAUCCUGAGGAAGAAAUGUCUUCAUUGUCUUCUUUAGGAAAGCAAUCGGAAGCGGAAAGUGAAUCGGGACUCUCAAGCAUACUCAAGACAAGCUAUGAGUCAAAUACCGAACGAAUAACACAAUCCGCAACUAAAUCAGUAUCAUUCGAUUUGAGUCAAUCUAAUAAAUUGACACGUAAGAAGAAGCUUCGACGGACACUUUCCUGGAAAAAAGAGAAUUGUGCUGUGGAAGGCCGCACGGUACCCACAUCAACGGACUCCGAGGAGUCUGAGGAUAAGGCACGCGACGACAAAGGCGAAGAGGAGAAGGAAGUAGAAAAGAAGGAUGAAGAGAAGAAUGAAGAGGUACAGGAAAUUAAAGAAGAGGAGAAGGGAGAUAACGUCGCUUGCGUUAAUGUGCCUACAACAGAACCUUCUUCAGAGCCAAAAUUUACACUGCAACAAUUAUAUGAACUGGCCGCUGCAGCACGAGAAGCGAUCGAAAAACAACAAGCCCCAAUCACACCGCAGAAGAUAAAAUCCGCUUACACACUCACAACCUUGCCGACCUCAUUAUUACAAACUGAAAGCAAUCUCUUGCCUACACCUUUGCCACAAGCCGAUCCGAAUUUACAGCGGCGUCUUAGCAUGUACAAACAAAGUUCGCUAAGCUCACCAACACUUGUUUUGGAACAACAACGUCAAAUGCAGAAAACACCUGAGACGCCGAAACAACAGAAAAUCCAAAAUCGUGAGCCAGAGAACACAAUGCAACAGCUGAUCGAUAGUUUCGUGGAUCUCGGUUUUGAGACCGGUUCAAAUGGAAUGGAAAGCCCACCAGUACGUCGUGCAACAGGAGCGCCUCCAGAACCAUUGCAUAGGAGCACGCCACUUUUCGUUAGACUCACUUCCGAAAUGGAGCAAAGUCCACAACAAAAUUUAACAAAUUGUUCCUCAACACCGAUCAACAACAUGUAUCACAACCUGCCACAGCCGCAUGAGGUUUUUAAGAGCAAUGCAGCACGUCAGAUCUUUCAACAAUCAAUCAGCCCUGUAUGUGCAUUCAACGCAAGACGUCGCCGUACGUCGUUAACUGAGGAAGGACGCCGCAGUUCUCUUGCUAUGCAAGUUAUAUCCGAAGAUCAUCCGCUGGAGCAAGUUGAACGUACACAAACGCCCUUAACACCCAACACCGGCGCUGAUGUGAGCCAUAUUGGCAACUCAUUCAAUUCCAACGCAAGCAGCGGCAAUAACAUCGAGCGUACAGUGCAAGAGCCUACAUCCAAAUUUUGGGUACGUGUCGGUGACUUUACCAUUUCUUUGGACAUCGCCUACCAUGAACCACAACGUAUACGUGCUUUAUACAAUAUAUUCUCUCAGAAAAGCUGUGAGGCAUAUGAUUUGCACUUUGGCAUUGACGAUUACAAAUUCUUCGUAGACAAGCCGAACGGAAAGACAUGUAUCACGAAGAGUUUACCCAAAAGUCAAGGCCUCUCACACUAUUGGUUCUGCUCGGGUGAUCUGGCAAUGCCAUUUAAGGGCAAAUAUUUAGCUCCUGAGAAGAUUGAACGAAUGUUCGCUUUCCUCAAGGACAACGUAAAAUUCAAGAUGCAGAUACAAUUUGGCGUCGAUGAUAUCGAGUUUUCACGCGUGCCCGACAAGCAGCAGUUCAUUUCGAAAUUCUCAAUGGAAAGCAGCUAUAGCAUGCUUUUGGGUCUACAGGGUGCAACACCUGUUUUGGAUGAACGUAAUCGCUGUGGUUGGCCUAAUUCCGGCUACGGCUCGGCAAAUUCGAAUACAAGCUCUGUAAGAGCAGGUGAUUUGGAUUACUCGGAAACCGGUUCAGAUUUGGAUACCAGUGAGAUACGUAACAUCACUGGUUCCCCCUCAGGUACCAGUUGCUAUUACGAUGCAGCCUCAGUGCUUAGUGCCGAUGGAGGCUCGAUUUGGCCACGUGUUAGUAGCAAAGUUUCACGUGAUAAUUAUCUCAAAACUAAAGACGACAACGAGGAGUUGGAUAAACUCUAUGAAAAUGAACAAAAACAAUAUGCACAAAGCAAGAAGUCACACAAUAACAAGCCCACACAAAGCAUGCCAGAAAUGUUGGAACGCUUACUGGUACAGAAGGUGCAGUUGGUGGCUCUGGAGGAUCGUAUGCGUAAAUAUUCAAAUCACUCGCUGAUCGCUAAAACUCGAAUAGCAGUAGCCAAGGAAAUACCGUAUCACAUGCGUAAGAUACGUGCCGUAAUUAAUGCCAUCGACGAUAUUGGACAGGAAAAGGGUUUCAAAGGUUAUAGUCUAGAAAAUUUGGAGGGCUUCAUGUACUUCCUAAUGCGUCAAGCUGACGUAUGUUAUAGCAGAUGUAACGAGCAAUUGCAUGCGGUUCUUGAUGCCCUGAUUACUUAUCAACAAAUUAAUCACCAGGAAUUGGUUAAAGCUAACAAGAUGCUGGGUGUGGAGACUCUGAAUUAAUGGUGUUCAAUUUCUUAAAUAUUAUAUAUUAAAUUAUGUACCUCACCUUGACUGGUAUUAUUGUUUGUGUGUUGUAUUGAUUAUUUUGUUAACGUUCACUUACAUUUAUUUCUUAAACUCAAAUAAAAUGCCGGCAAGGCUAAAA